AUGGGGCUGAGCUGGGUUGUGGGAAAUGGAGAGAGUUUGUGUGAUCUCAGUAAAGUUUUACUAGUUUGCCGGCAGAUUUGGAAGGAGAGGAAUCUUGUGGUUUUCCAAAAUAAAAUUCCAAACCCUACCUGGAUCGUUAAGUCGGACCCCAAUAUAGGGAGGGAAUUCAUAGAUGCCAAUGGUAUAAUUCCUGUGGUUUACAAUGGUAGCAGGUCCUCUCCACCAUUUUCUAUUCGAUGGUCCCCUUCGAAUGUUGGUUUUGUUAAACUUAACUUUGAUGGCUCUGUGGUGAAUCAAGGUGCGGCUGUUGGGUUUGUGAUUAGAAAUGAGAAGGGAGAGCCUAUUGUUGCAGGAGCUAGAUUUAUUGGUCAAAACACUAUUUCGACUGCAGAAUGCCUGGCGUUGAGGGAUGGCCUUUGGAUGGCUAAAGCCAAAGGUUUGGCUCACAUUAUGGUGGAGGGUGAUUCAAAGCUGGUGAUUGAGUCUAUCUGUAGAGCCUAUUGCCCCCCUUGGAGAUUGAAGGUCAUCCUGGAGGAUAUUUGCUAG